CAUUACAUCGCCCAAGAUCACGGAGCGCGCGGCCGGAGAGGCUUAACGAGUCAAAACAAACCUCGGAUCGAUCGUACCUGCGACGGCGCCGAUCGGUCGUCCCGGAGGCAGAUAGAGCUCGCUCGCGCGCGCGCGCUCACGAUGCGUCGCUCCGCCGUUCGCGUCGCCGUGCUCCUCUUCUCCCUGAUCCUCGUCCUCCCGAGGCCCCGCACUGCCACGGCCGUCGGCGCUCCCGCCGCCGCCCCCGCACCCGCCCCUGGCAGGAGCAUCAUUCCGGAUCCGCUCCUGCCGUGCCUGGAGGAGGUGCUGCCGUGCACGGCGUACCUCAAGUCGUCCAAGCGCCCCGCGCCGACGUGCUGCACGGCCCUCAACCGCGCCGCGGGCACCGAGAUGCCGUGCCUGUGCCAGCUGCUCGCCGACCCCGGGAUGCUCCUCGACUUCAACGUCACCAGGGAGCAGGCGCUCAGGCUCCCCACGCGCUGCGGCCUCCCCGUCGGCUGCCGCGCCGGCGCCACCGGCUCCUCCCAGCCAGUUGUGGAGGCGCUGCCGCCGCCACCAGCUGUUCGACCGGCGCGCCGUGCUGGCGAUCCGUCGAGAGCCGGCCGGUGCCGGAUAAGCAGCGUCGGGCUUGUGAUCGCGACGGUGCUGUUCAGCGGAUUGGCCUCGAUCUCGGUGCUACUUUAGGCUUCUUGGACGACCUCGAUCCGGAACCCGGGAGAAUUCUUCUGCUCUGCAGCUUAGUCGUACAGAUACAGUGUCUUUGGUUUUCACAUUACCCGUGUAGAGCCUCAGUUUUUUUAGUGCUAGAAAAAUGCACUGAUUGUUGCGUAUCAGCUGGACCAAAUGAACAGUGCUAACAAUGGUAUUUUCUUCAUUA